AUGAAGCUGUUGGGAGUGAAAACUUUAUUGUUGAGCAAUGCUGUUGGUGGUUUAAACAGAGAUCUUAAAGGUGGAGAUUUCGUUGUUCUGAAAGACCAUCUUUACUUUGCUGGUCUUGGGUUAAGUGGUGUUUUAGUUGGUGAAAAUGAAGACAAAUUUGGCCCUCGAUUUCCAGCACUCUCAGAUGCCUACGACUCUGACCUGAGAAAGUUAGCCUUACAAGUAGCGAAAGAGGAAAAUUUUGAAGAUGUUGUUCAUGAAGGUGUCUACGGAAUGAAUGUUGGUCCAUGUUUUGAAACACCUGCUGAAUGCAAAAUGAUGCUCAUGGUGGGUUGUGAUGUUGUUGGUAUGAGUACCAUCCCUGAAGUGAUAUUCGCUCGUCACUGUGGAAUGAAAGUACUUGCAAUUUCAUUAGUGACAAAUAUUAGCGUUUUGGACGUUGACAGUAAAGUGUGUGCGAAUCUUGAAGAAGUGUUAGAGAUGGCGAACAAACGUGCCACUCUAUUGCAGUCGUGGUUUGCCAAGAUUAUUUCCAGAUUACCAUCUGAAUAA